CCCCGGUGCCGCGGCGUGGGACACGCGCUGCGGUGCCGUUCGGCAAGGUCCACAUCGAUCUCACGGGCCCGUUCACCGAGGCGAUGGACGGCUCCCGGUACCUGAUCAUGUUCGUGGACAGCGCAUCGCGGUGGUAACGGGGGUACGGGAUGCGGGCAAAGAGCGACACCCUGAGUUUCGUGCAGCGGUUCCUCGCCGACAUGAACGGCAUGGGCACUCCGGGGUGUUUCCGCAUGGACAACGGCGGCGAGUUCACCGGCGCCGCGUUCACCUCGUUCUGCGACGCUGCUGGCAUUCGGCGCGAGUACACCGCCCCCGGCACCCCCAGGCAAAACGCGGGCUGGAUGUCGCCGUUCGAGGCCUUCUUCGGCCGGAAGCCGCCCCUCACCGUCGUCCCCUUUUUCCAGGAGGGUAGGAUGCGCGUGAAGCGGGCCACCAAGGCGGACGUCCAAUCCGCGAGGUGCUUCUACCUGCAUGGCGCCAACAACCACUCGACGUCUACCGCCGUCGUUCGUCGCGCUGACACCGGUCGCCUCGCCCUCACCAACAACGUCGUGUGGGUCAACCGCCGGGCAGGAGCGCCGGCGCCGGUACCGGCCAGCGGGGGGGGUUCUUCGGUCACCGCGGCGCCCUCGCCGGCCACCGCCGUACCUGCGGCCGAUGCCGCACCGCCGCCGCCCCCGCCAUCAAGGACGUACACCUACAUCCCGCCUGCACCAGCGACCACCGCACCGCCGCCGCCCGCUUCCCCGCCGAUCUUCACAGGAUCCUCAGCCUCGUCGCCGAUCUCCGUCGCCCCAUCAUCAGCCCCACCGUCGACCGCGACAACGCCGCCCCAUUCGCCCCCGGGCCUGCCGCCGCCACCGCCGCAGCCCACCAGCGCCGCCACCCCCGCACCCGCCGCUUUCGAAACGAGCCGUGAAGGAGUUGGGACGAANGGUUCUUCGGUCACCGCGACUCCCUCGCCGGCCACCGCCGUAACUGCGGCCGAUGCCGCACCGCCGCCGCCCCCGCCAUCAAGGACGUACACNCUUUCGAAACGAGCCGUCAAGGAGUUGGGACGAGAGGACACGAGGGUUCACGGCCGCACACGCGGCGAUGGAGUGCGGUUCAUGGAUGAGCAACAAAAACCGCCGUCGCCACCCGGUGGCGGCACCGCUCUCCACCACCGCCUUGAGCUGUUGGACAUGAUGGACAAGGACACCCUCAUCUCGUCGCUCGCCACCCGGGAGGCCGUGGAUCAAGGACGCCGUGACAUACCGACCCCGCCGCAGCCGGAUCCGAGUCUUAGAGGCCGUGGAAGCGGGGGCGCCGAGGGAGCUGGGGGGCCCGUGGAUUCCGGGGGAGGGGGGAGACCGCAGAUGUUCGCAACGAUGUUCGCCACCCGCGAGGAUGNCUACCGUCGUGGUCUGUUAGCGAUGUUGGACAAGGACUCCCUCAUCUCGUCGCUCGCCACCCGGGAGGCCGUGGAUCAAGGACGCCGCGACCUACCGCCCCCGCCGCAGCCGGAUCCGAGUCCUGGAGGCCGUGGAAGCGGGGGGGCUGUGGGAGCUGGGGGGCCCGUGGAUUCCGGAGGGGGGGGGAGACCGCAGAUGUUCGCAACGAUGUUCGCCACCCGUGAGGAUGUGGACGCCGCACUUCGCGCCGAGCGCCCGCCCGACAAGAUGCCUGACCUUCCGCACNUCGCAACGAUGUUCGCCACCCGCGAGGAUGUGGACGCCGCUCUUCGCGCCGAGCGCCCGCCCGACAAGAUGCCAGAACUUCCUCACUGCCUCGCCAGCGACCUUCGAGUGCCGAAAACUUUGAAGGAGGCCAUGCGGUCUCAACAUUCAGAGUUGUGGGAUGAUGCAGUUGGUCGAGAGUUUUUCGGUUUGUUGGAUACAGGAACUUCUAGUCCGGUAUAGCAACCAGUAGAGAGCGCGAUCAAUGCC